CACACACGGAAACAUUUUCAAAUUAAACACAGUAGGUGAUAGAAGAAAAAAAUUACACUAAAAGGAAAACAUAAACUCAACUCUCGUUACAGAAGGUAAUGUCCCAAGCAUUGACACCACUGCAGCGGCAUGUGGCCGAUGGCAUCGUCAAGUUCAUCUGUCGUGGCAACUAUGACAAGGCGCUGGGCACACUGAACUACAUGGCUGGUACAUUCCCGCCCCAGGAGGAGAGCACACUGCGUCGGCUGCUGAAGCGUCUGCAGCGCAACAACAAGACAAUGGACUCGCUGCCUGUUUACAAAGUGCUGUUGCAAGAGUUGCCCGAUGUGGAUGCGAAUUUGAUCAGACGCAUGGAUACUCAUAUACCGCAUGAGGUGCUUGGUGAAAUCUACGAUCAGAUGCACUCGCAAGACUUUGAGCAGUUCCAAGUGCAGCUGGAGCACUUGCAGCGGGUGGAGUACAAUGUGAUGCGACACACUUUAAUUCUUUACGAGCACUGCACCAAGCUGAAGGCGGCGCAGCGGGCGUUGGACAAACAUCACUUGAUGUCCGGCAUCUGUUUGGAGUUGUAUGUCCUUUAUUCUCUCAUUCUACCACUUGGCAUUUAUUUGCUCACUUUUUUAUUUUGAGUGUUUAACGGAAAUAGUAAAAAAUUGUUUGUUCUGCACA